UAAAGCUUGACAAGAUGGCAGCUACAUUAAAACCCUAUUUAAAUGCAGUACGCAAUACAGUUACAGCAGCUAUGUGUGUUCAAAAUUUUGACUCUCAAGUUGUAGAACGUCAUAAUAAACCAGAAGUAGAAACGAAAUCGAGUAAAGAGUUAUUAUUACAGCCUGUUAUUAUUAGUAGAAACGAAAAAGAAAAAGUUUUAAUAGAAGGGUCUAUUAAUUCAUUACGAAUAAGUAUAGCCAUCAAACAAGCUGAUGAAAUAGAGAAAAUUUUAUGCCAUAAAUUUAUGAGAUUUAUGAUGAUGAGAGCUGAAAACUUUUUCAUUUUACGACGUAAACCAGUUGAUGGUUACAACAUAAGUUUUCUUAUCACAAAUUUCCACUCAGAACAAAUGUACAAACAUAAACUGGUAGAUUUCUUAAUAACAUAUAUGGAGGAAAUUGAUAAAGAGAUAAAUGAAAUGAAGUUGGCUGUCAAUUCCAGAGCUAGAAUCAGUGCUGAAGAAUUUUUAAAACAUUUUUAACUUAAUCAAUUUAUGUAAUAUAUAAUAAAUUUGUAAUUGUACAGUAUGUUUUCAUGUUAAACAUCAUAAAUUAUCACAUGACAUGACUCUUUAGCAGAACCUUAUUUAGUCUAAAUGCAAGAGGCAAAGGGAUAUCCUCGAAAAAAGUUAUACUGUUAUUACAUAUUUGUUGUAUGAUACCAUUCAAUAUGAAAAAUACUUUUAUUUCAUUGUAUAUCAAAGUUCCAAUUGAAAGCUAUUCAGACGAAUAUUACCUUAAAUGCUAUAUCUAGAUAUAGACUACUUUAUACUUCUUUCAAGAUAGGAAAUUAAUAAAUGUAAAAAUCCUAUUACAGUGUAUAGUUAUUGCUGAUAAUAUUUAAUCGAGUAACAAGAUGCCUCUUAUAGAACAUUUAUAUAUCUGACUUAAAUCAUGUAUUAUAGCCUAAUUACAUUUAUUUCUUUAUUU